AUGAACUUCCUUCAAUCCAAGCUACGGAACCGACUUAGUGUUGAUACUAUUGAUCGGCUUGUCUCUAUAUACAUGAAUAUGCGUGCUUUACGGACUUCUACAGGUGGAACAAGUGGGGAUUCCGAGCUGUGGGAGGAGCAAUUAGGGGAUAUACUGUUGAAUAUAGAGGAUGAGUUGAUUAGGAGUGAGGAUACUGGCGAUAUCGAUAGCGACGACGUGACCGGUGGCCCCUCGACUCAGGCAUUCGGAUACAAGGACGUCACAGAGAUCGAACAGAGAAUUAGGGUCAAGCUGUCUGUAGAGGAUGCGGAGAAGUUUAGAAACAUUGAUUACAAGACAAUUAAGGACAGGAUCAAUGCGGCCCUCCUAGGCGCCCUGGUACAGGCGGUGCAUAGACACGGAAAUAGGAGUUACACACUAUACACAAAGGACGCAGAAGGGAUAAAGCGUGUUCCGGACCGCGCUCCCGAUCAUAGUCCACAACGUCGAAGUCAAGAGGGCUCCCCGGAGAUGCUGAGCAUCAAGAAAUUGGUAGAUCGAAUUGAGCGCAUCGCGGAAAAUUUGCAACCGACCAAUAUUAUAACAAGAUGUACACAGAUCUUGGUAGCAUUUAUGCGAUAG